CGGUAAGGUACUUAACAGUUGCCCAGAAAUGAUUUGAUAUAGAAAUACAAACGGCUCCAUUGGACCUUUCAACUGACCACACAUUCUCAAAUCCCAUUUAAAUAAAUACCAACAGGUCAGUUCCUCUAAUCUGGCAGGCUGGACUUUUUUAUUUUGAGCAUGCCUGUCUUUACUCCUGUUCCACUGAUAUAUAAAUACCGGCUGGGUCCACAUGACAGCACUACACUCCAGCCAGGCUCACACUCUGCCUAUAUCUCAUUAUCAAGAUGUACAUGUUGCUGCUCAACGUCCUGUAUCUCAUCCUACAUAUGGCAUCGAGCAGCCGACAUGAGACCGUUGUGACUCUCAUGCCAAAUGUACUUGUCGUCAAGGUGGAUCGAAAGGUCUUCACUGAGACGCAGGUCCCUCUGCGAUGCGGGGACUACCAGGACACAGAGGUGAUCUGGAGGAAUGGCGAGGAGCAUCUAGAAAACAAAGGGAACCAGAUAAAUGUGGAAGUGGUGGAGAUGAUGGGAGGGAACUACAGCUGCCACAACGCUGCUGGAGACUACCUCAACCACACUCUGGUGCUGGUGCAGGACAUACCAUCACCCAACAGAACGAGACGCGUCCUGGAGAAGUCACAUGACACAGACAAAGAUGAGUACAUCAGAUGUUUGGCGAAAAAUUACAGUGGAAUAUUUCAUUGCUCUUGGAAGAAGACCGAAUAUCGGAUGUCAGCAGCUGUUGUUUUUGUCCAAGUAGGACGCACCAKCUCCUGCUCCGUAGACAGUGAUGGUGAAGGCCUGACCUGUCAGGACYGGGAUAGCUGCCCCUUUGCUGAGGAGUUGUCCCGCAUCAAACUCACUGUAUACUUCAGGACUAACUACCUCCUAGAGGACUACACCAUCACGCCCUUCUACAUCCGAGAAAUAGUGAAACCAGACAAGAUCGACAUCACCAAGGUGGAGGGGAACACAUUUCAGUGGAGGUACCCGGCGACAUGGAGCCGCCCAUGCCCUUACUUCCCCCUCACAUUCCGAGUCAAAGUGGUCCAACACGAGGCAAGCUGUGACUCUAAGGAAAAGGUGUUGAUAAGUGAAACCAACAUAAAUGCAACAGAAUUCACUGUUCGUUCCAGCUACAAAAAAUAUUGUUUCUGCCUCGGGGCAAAGGAUGACCUGGUUGACUCCCAAUGGAGCCAGUGGACACGUCAUGAGGUGAAGAAUAAACCUAAGAAACAUUGACAGGCAAGGAAACCCAGAUGAAGACCGACAACAUACCAUUCCUCAGCUUCAACCAAUACAUCCAAAUAUGUAAUAGUCUGGUCACUGUACAGAAACAAAUAUUUUACAUUAUACUGAAGACAAGUUAUGAAAUGUAGCUAGUAUACCAUGUUUGUUGUGAUUGUUAUUUAUUUAUUUGUAAAAAUUCUGAAAUGUAAUUACACCAUUAUUUAUGUUAUGUCAUCUCUUUUCCAAGAUGGUUUUCAUUGCUGUAGCACGAAGAUGUUUGCUUAAAUKAUUAAAUAGACGCAAAAAUAAAAAGGUACUGCACUCUGAUUCACGCUCAUGUUCAUUUGUUUGCAUCGGAAUCAACAAAGCAAAUCAUAUUUAGAUGACUUUUCAAAAAACUUGGAACAGGUGAGUAUUUACAAUGGUUUACACUAAUUCAAAACUGACGAGACGACUGUGUGUAAAAAUCGGACUCCAAAAGUGUAUUUUCUAAAAAGUGUCAUCUUUUAUUUACAGUCGGGAUAUGUUCACAACAGGAAUCCGGUGUCCGCUUGUUAAAAACAUGUUCGCGUWGUCCGACACUCCCCUACGUACUUGGACAGUGAAACUUAAACUUUUAAUUU